AUGAAGUGGACUUUCUUAAUUUCUCUUCUGUCUGCGACAGCACAUGCUGCUGAACAUAUUGUCAACCAGACGACUUGCGCUGGGACGACAUAUAAAUACACCGGUUUUGCUGGCUAUGGAUUCGUUCCUUCGAAUGCUACGGACAAAUAUGGUGAUACAAUCGGAGGAAUUGGCAGUUCAAUUGCCAUUGACCAAUCAUCCUGGCACAAGACAGGGCUGGAUAGGAACACAAACGGCACCCUAAACUUCCAAUCACGCAUCCACAAAUUCACCAUAACCCUAAAACUAGCACCCAACGCAACCUCCAAACACCCAUCUCCCCCAAAUAUCAACCUAAAAUACCUCGACACAAUCCUCCUAACAGACCCAACCGGCGCCCCAACAACAGGCCUAGACGCCGACAUAACCGGACACGCAAGCUUCCCCGGCUUCCCCCCACUCCCAGCAUCAACCUACUCGGGCAACGGCUACGGCGGCCCUGGCCCGGGGGCAGACGAGUAUCUAUCGAUACAGAAGUACGGACCGUACAUCUACAAAUUCAACGCAGCGGGACGCAUGCAACACGCCAUCCAGCCUCCGCAGGCAUACCUACCACGCCGAAACGGUACGGUCAGCUUCAAUGCUGAUUCGCCGCCGCUUUAUAACCCGGAUGCGGUGCCUGAGCCUGUGAAUACGGAGUCCGGGAGGAAUAAUAACCAGGGACUUGAGGGGUUGACUGUUUCGGCUGAUGGGCGGAUGUUGUAUGCUCUUAUGCAGAGUGCGCUUGAUCAGGAGGGUGGGCCUGGGAAGAGCUCGAGGCGGCCGGCGAGGUUGCUUGUUUAUGAUAUUGGUGGGCAUGGGCGUGAGCCUGUGUUGGUGGGUGAGCAUGUGGUUUUGCUGCCUACGUAUUCGGAUUAUAUGGAAAAGGAUCCUGCGAAGGCGGUUCGUGUUGCUGGACAAUCUGAGAUUCAUCAGUUGCCGACUGGAGAUUUCUUGGUUUUGGCUAGGGAUUCUGGAUUUGGGAGGGGGCAGGAGGAGACAAGGUCUGUUUAUCGACAUGCGGAUGUUUUCUCGUUAAAUGGGAGUCCGGUUGUUACUGAUUUGAAGGGGAAGAAGAACUAUGACGAUGCGACAGGGGCGAUUGCUUCGUCUGAGGGUGUUUUGUUUGACGGGGUUGUUCCGGUUGAGUAUUGCUCGUUUUUGGAUUAUAAUGUGAAUUCGGAGCUGGGGAAAUUCCGUCUUCAUAAUGGUGGUCCUGUGGAUGAGUUCCUUCUUAAUGAAAAGUGGGAAAGUCUUUCGGUUGUGCCGGUGAAUUCUGCACAUGCUGGGGCUCGAGAGACGGAGUACUUCUUGUUCAGUUUCAGUGACAAUGACUUCAUAACUCAGGAUGGACACAUGAACUUUGGAAAGUUUGAUUACAAGGACGAGUCGGGCUACGAUCUUGACACUCAAAUUCUGGCAUUCAAGUUGAAGUUUUAG